GCCAAGCCCGGUUGGCUGACCGUGGCCUCUGCGGGCAGGAUACCGUUGGUGGCUGCCAGUCGCCGUUACUGCCCGCCGCCCACAGGGAUCAGAGCCCAGAGCAGAUGAGAUGCCUACGGCCAUCUGGCCCAGGCCAGUCUGCGGCAAUCCCACCUUCUGCCACACUCCUGUGGUCUGCAGAGACCAGCUAGGAUCCACAAGUUCUCGGUUCAUCCCAAGGAUUAUUCCAGCCUUUGCAAUCACGAGAAAAGUCGCCCUUGGGAGGGUUGGAGAUGAACAAAAAAGAGGAUGAGAAAGAUGAGGAAAUAGGGAUUGAGGAGCCAGCCCGACGCCCAAAAGCAAAGAAAGUGAUAAUCAUCUCAACUCUUCUAUGUGCUGGACUUGCUUUUCUUCUUUGGGGGAUUUUAAGCUUUCCUAAAAAAUUUGGAACUCCAAAGAUUUCUGAAAGCAAUCUGUGCACAGAGAAUAUCGCUGAAUGUCCACAUGGCUGGGACCAGAUCAAAAACACUUGCUACUUCCAGUCUGAACAUGAGACAACUUGGCUCAGCAGCCAGGAAAACUGCAAAACCCAUUCUGCAUUUCUGGCAAAAUUUGACUCCAGGGAAGAGCUGGAAUCUUUGAUUCGCCACCUGAAGCCCUUUUCAUAUUGGAUUGACGUAAACAGACACAGUAUAGACAUCUGGAGCUGGACAAUCGAUAAGCCAGAAGAUGACUGGUUCCAGGUUGGAAGUAAUGAGAAAUGUACCUAUGUAGCUACCAAUGGACUUGGUAGUGCUGAUUGCAGUGAAACAAAAAGAUACAUUUGCAGCAAAAGCAGUGAAUGUCUUUAAAGAGCUCUCUCCCAUGUGAAACACACUCUUCUUUCCUUGUAUUAUAAAUUCAUAUAGAUGUAUUUUCUAUCCCUUCAAACAUAUUUUAAGUUGAUUGAUGAAAAAUUAUAUCUUUUUUACCAGAGCAUGAUUGUAUUUUCAAUACUUAAGUUCUGUACAGGAAAAAAUACAGUAAAAUCAAAGAGAAAAGCA